UUCAACAACAGAUCUGCAGCUCUUCGUCUGCGCUCUUCAUCAUCAUUUCUGUCUGAUCAUUAUGACUUCCUUGUUGACAGUGCUGGGAGCUGUGCUCUGCUCUUUGGUGGUAUCUUCUGAAGUCGUCCCACAGGCAGACUUCAAUUUACAGGCGGUGGCAGGAAAAUGGUACCUAAUUGGAUUUGCCACUAAUGCGCAGUGGUUUAUCAACCACAGAGCCAGCAUGAAGAUGGGCGUGACCAUGUUCACCCCAAAUGCAGACGGGGACCUGGACAUGUCGUACGCCAGUCUGAACUCUGACGGCUCCUGUUGGAGAAUGAACAGCUUGAUCAAGAAGACUGACAUUCCUGGAAAGUUCACAUACAUGAGUGAGCGCUGGGGGAAUCAGAAUGACAUGAGGAUUGUUGAUGUGAAGUACAAUGAGUACGCUCUGACGCACACCAUCAAGACCAAAGGAGAUGUCAUCACAGUCGUCAACAAACUCUAUGGCCGCAGUAUGGACCUCAGUGCUGAUCUACUAGAGAAGUUCAGGCAGUUCUCUUUGGAAACUGCCGUCCUGCCUGAAAACAUCGCUUUCCUUCCUAAAAAUGUGGAGUGCCCAGCUGCCUAGCUUCCAUACUCAAUGACACCGUCUGAAGACCUGAACACAGGUUCCAGCCAAGACCUGAUCCCUAAUAAUGUUCCUCUUUAUGUGAAGCCUGGUUUCAAUGCACUUUGCUUUUAUCCAGCAAAGCAACAUAAAAUACUCCCAGUGA